AUGGACCAAUAUUUGGGAUAUAUAGGAGGUCCCGCAGGAGCUUUGGCUCUAACGGGAGUUGCAGCUGCAUCUGCUUUUUAUUUGGCAUCGAGACCUACGGCGGAAAAACCACUCGUCGAUUUAAAUCACCAAGCAUCCGUUUUACCGGGCCCAGAAAUGAUCAGGGUUUCAAAAUUUUAUAAAGAAUCAAAAGAUGGAAAAUUUGUUAGUUAUUUAUCAGAAGAUACGAGAACACUUUACGACACGUUUAGAAAAGGAGCUAAAGAAUCAAAUAACGGACCCUGUUUAGGAUGGAGAGAAUCAUAUUAUAAACCUUAUCAGUGGUUAAAUUAUAACGAAGCUUGGCUGAGGGCGAAAAAUUUCGGGUCAGGACUCGUCGCACUAGGUUUGAAUCCAUCACCGGAAACGUUUUUAGGUUUAUACAGUACGAAUUGUCCGGAAUGGAUAUUGGCAGAACAAGGAGCGUAUACAUAUUCGAUGGUUAUCGUGCCACUUUACGACACUCUAGGACCCGAUGCUUGUGCCUAUAUAGUUAAUCAAGCUCAAAUCUCCGUUAUCGUGUGUCAGGACGAUGCAAAAGUUAAUCAAUUAUUAGAUAAAGCACCCAACUGUUUAAGAAAGUUAAUAGUUAUGAAAGAUAUACAACCUCAAACCUUAAAAAGAGCUAAAACGAGAGGAGUAGAAAUAAUAAAAUUUGAAGAAGUCGAAGAAUUGGGAGCAAAUAAAAAUCAUAAUGAAGUGCCUCCAAAGUAUACAGAUCUCGCAACUAUUUGUUACACAUCAGGUACGACGGGAAAUCCAAAAGGAGUCAUGUUAACCCACGAAAAUAUAGUAGCUGGAGUUUGUGCCGUCAUAUUACAAUUGGGAGAACACAGGCCGACAAGUUCGGAUUGUAUGAUGUCCUUUCUACCUCUUGCUCACAUGCUCGAAAGAUGUUGUGAGCACGGAUUGUUCAUUUCCGGAGGAUGCGUCGGGUAUUAUACGGGGGAUAUAAAAAGGCUAUCGGAAGAUAUGAAAGCACUAAAACCAACCGUCAUGCCCGCCGUACCUCGUUUGUUAAAUAGAAUAUACGACAAAGUAGUUUCACAGGUUUCCGGUUCCUUCAUAAAAAGAACACUUUACAAUAUGGCGUUGGGAGCCAAAGAAAGCGAAUUAAAAAGGGGAAUCAUUCGAAAUAAUAGUUUGUGGGAUAAGUUAAUAUUUAAAAAGGUUCAAGAAAAUUUGGGAGGUAGAUUGAGACUGAUGCUAGUGGGAUCAGCACCUUUGGCUGGAAACGUUCUUACGUUUGCAAGAUGUGCAUUAGGAUGUUUGGUCGUAGAAGGUUACGGUCAAACGGAAUGCACGGCUCCAGUUACGUUAACGGUUCAGGGUGAUUACAUACCCGAACACGUAGGCCCACCAGUUUCUUGUUGUUGUAUUAAAUUGGUUGACGUACCGGAAAUGGAAUAUUACGCGUCAUCCGGUCAGGGAGAAGUAUGCGUCAAAGGGACAAACGUUUUCAAAGGGUAUUAUAAAAAUCCCGAAGAUACGGCAGCGGCGAUAGACGAUCAAGGUUGGCAUCACACGGGAGAUAUAGGUACUUGGUUACCGAACGGAACGUUGAAAAUAAUUGAUAGGAAAAAGCAUAUAUUUAAACUCUCACAGGGAGAAUACAUAGUUCCAGAAAAAAUAGAAAACAUAUACAUUCGAAGUCAAUUUGUCGAACAAGUAUUCGUUUUUGGAGAAUCCCUUAAAUCGUGCGUCGUUGGAAUCGUCGUACCCGACGUGGAUGUCGUUAAAUGUUGGGCCGUUGAACACAACAUACCGGGAACUCUAUCCGUUUUGUGCAACAACAAACAAAUAAAACAACUCAUAUUGACCGACAUGUUGGAAAAGGGAAAAGAAGCCGGAUUGAAAUCGUUCGAACAAGUUAAAGACAUUUAUUUACAUCCGGAUCCGUUUUCCGUACAAAACGGUUUAUUAACCCCAACGUUAAAAAGUAAAAGACCUCAAUUGAAACUUUAUUUUAAACCCCAAUUAGAAGAUAUGUAUUCGAAGCUUUCGUAA